GAGCAUCUCAGUGUCCAUCAGUCCAUCUGGUAAAACAGUGGAGGGAGAUUCGGUGACUCUGAUCUGCAGCAGUGAUUCAAACCCACCUGCAGAAAUCAGCUGGUUUAAAGGAGGAAUGUUUGUAGGAUCUGGAAGAAUCUACAGCAUCUCAAAGAUCAGCUCUGAUCACAGUGGAGAAUACAAGUGCAAGUCCAGAAAUGAACAUGGAGAGAAAUACUCUGAUACUGUGACUUUAAAUGUCAUGUCACUCGGAUGUUUCUUAUCCAUUGCUGUUGCUGCUGUUGUUGGUGUUUUACUCGGUGGAGCAUCAGGUGCUUUUGUGAUGUACAUGUGUCUUACUAAAAGGAGGAACAGAAGAUCUGCUAUGAAGGAGUCUGCGAUCUCUGAUCCUAAUGAAGACACAUAUACCGCUCUUCAGCUCAAGUCCACGACCUCUGACCUGUACGACACACUCACAAUCAUUCGUCGCAGACCUCGUGAAGACUCGUGAUCCUCAACAUGAGAAUCCAACAUAAGAGGCGGAGCACAAAGGAACUAAUCCUGAGCUCUGUGGGCGGAGCCACUCAUGAUUGACAGGGAUCAUUAAUGAUAAGUCAGUGAAGCAUUUUCUUUCUUUAUAGCUUAGAAAAGAUGAUGUAACCAUAAAAUUAAAUGAACGUUACUGUAUAUAAAUAUAAAUGUUAAAGUGAAGUAAGCUCACUGUUUUAACAUUUAAAGAUAUAUUUUCAUGCAACAUUUCAACUGCACAUCUUCACAGUUGGACAAUGUAUUGUUGUAUUGUCUCAAAGUGCUGAAUGAUACCAGUUUUUCUUUCCUUUGUUUUGCUGUAACUUUCCCUUUAAGUGAUCAGUUUUAAUUGUGAUCCUUUCAUAUGUGUUCGUUCAAACUUCGCUCAAACUACCACCAGAGGUCACCAUCUCCUGCUACUGACAUCAACAUUGAUGUGCAUCAGCUGUAAAUCACCAUUAUUCAUCUUCAUGUAUAUGUUGUUUUAUUCUGUACUAUGUUCAAAGUUCUUCAUAUGAUUGUAUUAUGAUU